UGUAUAUGUGAAUAGUAUAUAUUUCCAUCAUUACAUAUAGCUAGUGGCAAUAAAAAGCAUUAAUUUGUUGCAGUUAAUUUUUAUAAACGGUUGUAUACUUUUCCAAUCGACAUACAUUAUCCUAAUAUAUAGGAAAGUUUCUGCAGAUACAUGAAUAUAUGAUACAACAUCGACAUGAUACUCUUGAAACUAUUAAUAAGUAGCGGAUUAAUAUUUAUGACCGCGACGGCUUUUUAUCCCGAUGAAGCUUCAUCCAAGCUAUUAAAUUAUAUAAAACCAAAGCAUUACGAUAUCAAGCUUAUACCAUUUAUUGAAGGACAGAUUUUCUACGGCGAAUCCAAUAUCAGCAUUAACAUUCUUUAUGAAACGCAACAUAUAAACUUAUAUUCAGAAAAACUGUGCAUUAGUAGUAUGCUUCUAAAUGCGAAUCUAGAAGAAUCUGAUAAAGAGAAUAAAUAUAUAGUUUAUAAACCGAUAUACACACAGAAUAUUGAAACGCCUAUUCUUGACAUUUAUUUUAAGGAUAAAUUACCACCAGGAAAUUACACUCUAAAUAUAAAAUAUACCGGUUCUGUAGCUAAUGACGGAGGUCUCGAAAUUUUCAGCGUAGGUGGGCAUAAUAAAAAUAUAACUUGGCUGGCUGCUACGAUCUUCCGUGCAACUGGCGCUCGACGAUUGUUUCCAGGCUGGGACAAGCCUGAUUUAAAAGCAACCUUUAAUAUUUCUGUAAUGCAUUAUAAUCAGUACAUGGUUCUGUCAAAUAUGCCAGUGCAAAGAAUGGAAAAUCGUCAACACAAAAUGAUGUGGACAUACUUCGAUAUCACUCCUGCAAUGUCCACUUAUCUCGCAACAAUUAUUAUGACUGAUUUAUACCGUAUUUAUAGUACAUCUGGAGAUGUCAGUAUGUGGUGUAGACUUUAUACCGCAUCUCACUUGAUGUUUGCAGCAGAUGUAGCUGGAAAUAUUACGCUAUUUUUGGAAAACGAAUGGAAACGCUUCCCGAAUAUUUCGAAAGCGGAACAUGUCGCAUUUCCAAAUUUCGAAAAAGAAAUUAUGGUGCAUUUAGGAAUCAUUCUUUAUAGGUGAGUA